GACAGUGAGAACGUGAAGAAGUAGAAGUUGGACCCUCCGAUUCCGCCCAUAAAUUGUACAAGAAGCACUGCAGAGUGCUUGCCGGCCUCUUGUCUGCGACGCUUUCUUUGUGCGUCUUCUCACCUGGUUGCAACCCUAUAAACAUCCUCGUUCCUAUUGGACGUUGGCCAGCACAAUCUGUUAUUUUACCUUUAGAAAGAGCCAAAACCGCACUCGAACAAAAUUCGACUAUGGAAGAGCAGCUCCGGAGGCAGGCAAACGAGUCUCAUCAUCGCGCCGAACAGCUCCGUAGAGAGAGGCAAGAGCAUGCUAAUAACGCCAGGACGGCACAGCUAGAAGCUCAGCAGGCGGCGCAGCGCGCUGACAAGCUGCGAGAGCAGGCCAGGCAGAAGGAUGCAGAGAUAGAAAAGGCGUUGCAGGCUCAGAAGGAUGUGGAGGCAAGAUGGCGGAAAGGUCUUCGUCCCGUCGAGUUGCCUUCUAGGGAGCAGUUCGAGGCGAUCAAGCGACGCUAUUACAGAGACGGAAAGUUUCAUGUCGCUAUUGCCGGAAGAUCAGGAACUGGAAAAUCGUCUCUCAUCAAUGGAUUCCGGGGCGUAUGGGACGGCGAGGACGCUGCUGCCUCAACUGACUAUGUGGAGAGCACCUCCGUUGUCACCUCAUAUCAUGAUCCGAAUCCUGUCAAUUCUUUCAUCUGGUUCGAUGUCCCGGGAUCGGGGACUCUCGCCUGUUCCGACUGGACCUAUUUCAACGAUCAAGGACUCUACAUUUUCGACGCUAUCAUAGUCCUAUUUAACGAUCGCUUCACCGCCACAGACGUAGCCAUAUUGAAGAACUCUGAGCGAUACAACAUCCCCACCUAUGUCGUUCGCUCCAAAUCUGAUGUUCACGUUAUGAAUCUCCUCAAGAGGAAACGACGAAGAGCUGGCGCGGGGUGUGAUCCCGGCAAGCUCCUUGAUGAGGCUCGCAAGGAAUUUGUUGCCAAAACGCAGGAGAGCGUCAAAUUGAAUCUGAUGGGGACCGAUCCCCCACUUCGGUUAAAGAAGGUGUAUGCUGUCUCUCGGGAUACGCUUACUUUGAUUGUCCGAGGGGAACCAACUGAGGAUAGCCUCGUGCUUGACGAGUUGGAGUUGUUGAGGGAGAUACGUCAGGAUGCGUACUUGAGGCGAUCCCAAAAAUCAUACGCUUCGAUCGCGAGUCUGUAGUAAAUGGCUCAGUCGGACCUUCCAGCAUGACACGAACCGAGGAAGUUUCUGAGAUCGUUUUCUACGUUAUUUAUUUACAUACCACUGUCCCGCCGCUCCAUUCGCGGUUCUUUGAUACAGCUUUCCCAUCUCCUUGGCUAUUAUCUAUUAUCGUGUUACUUUACGCCACCUUGGUAGAUUUGAUUCCCGUUCGCACAUUUCUUGGCACUUUUUUACUUUUGGAAUAAAAUACUUCAAGUUGCUUC